AUGGCUCCAAGCGCACCGAACACGGCCAGCAACUCGCCGGCCAAAAAGACAUCAGUACCAGAGAAGAAGUACAAGUGCCAAUUUUGCAAUCGCGCCUUUAGCAGAAGUGAACAUCGCAGCCGACAUGAACGUUCGCAUACGAAGGAGAGACCGUUUAAGUGCUUGAAAUGCCGCAGUACAUUUGUUCGUCGAGACCUUCUCCUUCGACAUGACCGUACUGUUCAUGCAAAAGAUGGUGGGAUACCGCUUGUUUCCGAGGGACGUCGUCGCGGUGGUGGUGUUCAGAAGUCCUCCCCUGCACCUGCCCCGUCGAAACCCUCGAUCACAAUCGAUCCUGCCACGUUAGAACAGAUUGAAGCAAGCAGUGAUGGUAUGGUCGACCUUGAAACUGCAGCCAUGUUGAUGACAGAUUUCCAACAUAAGGCCGCAGCCGCUGCUACCGGUCAGACCAACGAUCGCGCUGAAUCGGAUCGCUCCUUUUCUCCCGGACGCGGUUCCCUGCUAGAACCCUCCGUUUCGUACCUUUCAGGCAACGCAACUCUUCCCCAAAUGCCGUGGGACACUUUGGUCUCCCCUGCUGACACGAAACAUUUCGCGUCCCAAGAAAGUGGCUCGGACUCGCAUCAGCUCUCCUCGGUCAUGGAACGACAUGGUGCCGUGGGUGAAGCGCUUGCCCCGUCGCUGAACUCCCUUGUCAACUCGCUGCCCGUGUCCGGAAACUCGACACCCAACGCGUUAUCCCCGUACCCCUCCAUGACUGGUCCCGUCAGCCCCGUGAACUACAGAAAAUCCCCCGGCCCUAGCCAGGCCCUCACGCUGCCCAAAUCCCCCCAAGUCGCAAAUGAAGUCGAGCGCAACAUGAUCUUGGAACGCAUUCGCAACGCGGAUGCUCUCGGCUCGCUACCCGAUCACUUCCAACUUCCAUCGACGGCGGCCCUGAACAAGUAUCUCUCGACGUAUUUCAACCUUUACCACCAUCAUCUGCCCUUCUUGCACCAAGAGUCCUUCAAGCCUACUGCAACUUCGCCCCCCCUGUUGCUCGCAGUCCUCUCCAUCGGUGCCCUGUACACGUUUGAGCGCCAGCAUGCAUUCAUGCUCCACGUCGGGUCGAAGGUGCUCGUUACGCAAUUCCUUCAGCACAAGGACAACUUUGAUUCGAGGAAGUGUCCGUUGUGGGCCAUGCAGAGCUCGCUUCUGAACAUGAUCUUCGAAAGUUGGAGUGGUGAUCCCAAGGGUCUCGAAUGGACUUGUUCGAUCAAGAGUCUGCUCGCUAACAUGGUUGCCGGAAACCGCUAUCAGCUCAAGCUCCGCACCGAAGCUCGCGAGGGAGCUCAGCCUACCAGAGAAGAGUGGAUCGAGGACGAAUCUUGCCGUCGCACGUACUACGCCGUCUACAUUUUCUUCGGCAUGCUCACGUUGACCUUCAACCACACCCCGGCUAUGAGCUUCGAUGAAUUUGACAACCUCGAGCUUCCAUCCUCUGAAUCGUUGUGGAAUCUCGAUGUCGCAGAUGAGGAAGGCUGGCGCCGCAGCCUGGCUUCCUCGACCUCGUUGACGGUCCGCGAAGCGCACGAUUGCCUCUUCCAAGGCGAGCAGACUCGCUACAGCGCCUUUGCUACCCGUGUCUUGAUCAAUGCCCUGUUCUUGCAGGUCUGGAACCACAAGAGAAGCUUUGAGGCCCUGCAGGAUGUGGUCACCGAAUACAAGCUUCGACUGGCGUUGGAGACGUGGGAAAGCUCGCUCGAAGUGUGUGAGCCCGAGACCAUUGUCGUGCCCCUCAGCACUCCUCAGAACGGCCACCCCUUGAUUUUCAACUCGAUGGCUGUCUAUCGCAACACGCGCGCUCGCUUGGAGGUUGACCUGAAGUCGAUACAAGAGGCUUUGCGCUACCACUCGCCCUACGAGGUUGCGGCUGCCAUGACUGUUGCUCGGGAGAAGGUCAAGCGGUCCCAAGAAAUGAACAAGGUCAUUCAGUCCUGCUUUGAAUGCAUCGAAAUCGCCGCCAUUCAGGGAAUUAACUGGGUUGCCAAAACGUCCGCUACGAAUUGGAGUGUGGAGCAUCCGCUCUGUGGCCUUGAUUUGAUGGUCAUUCUCAGCCUCUGGCUCUAUCGCCUGGAACAUGACGAAGAGCCCGCUACUGAGGCGGAGGUGGCCAUCUACAACAAGGUCCGGAAUUUGUUUGAUGACGACGCCGUUGAUGCUUUUGGUAAACUCAGCUCCACCGUCGCCCGUGUAUGGGGUAACAUCCUAGACGGCGUGGUAGUAUGGGGAAUCACCAAGCUGAUGGGCGAGUCGUUCAAACUCCAUUCCCAGGCCCUUGUUGGCUACGAAGAUUCGUUGCGCGUUGGCAAGGAUCAACCUAUCCACCCGAUGCCAACCAAGACGCUUGCUAGCGUUGGAACAGCUUACUAG